CAGUGAGAAGAAGGAGAACCAGGAGUACAGGUGUGUACGGUAUAACGUAAGAAAAUCAUCACCGCCAGCAAAUGCAUCAUCUGUAGGAAAGUAGAAGAGACUGGAUUUCAUCCCGAAAUAGUUCAUUUCAAUUGGAUUUCAACUUGAAUGCACCCGUAAUUCACCUGAAAACUCGUACCCAGAUGAUGUGAACGUUAACAUCAAACCGCCAUCAACAUGCCGGAGACGACGAGAGCCUCGUUUGGAGGAUGCAAACAUUUCGAGUGUCGUGUAAUUGGCUAUCCUCGGCCAGACAUCACGUGGUGGAAAGAUGGCCGUGACAUCACGACCGAUAAUCGAUAUGAAUUCGAUUAUUCUAUUGACGGAACAAUCACGAUGAUUAUUGAGAAGGUCACGCAGAAAGAUCAGGGAUGUUAUCAGUGCCGUGCUGAGAAUUCCGAAGGAUGGGCUGCAACAGCGGCUUACCUACAUGUCCGAGUUAUCGAAGGACAAAGGGAGGAAGAAUUGACCUCAGUCCACAAGAUGAAGUUCGAGUUUGGUGGAUUGAAAAACACGGAUGAGACCAACGGAGCUGAAGGCAAGGACAGAUUGAACGAGAGGUAUAAUGACUUCAUUGGAAAUAUUGGUGGGAAUUUAAAAAAUGAUUCCCUGGUCGACGAAGACUUUGAAAGUGUAAAGAAGAGAAUGCUGGAGAAGCUGGAGGCUGGUAUUGGUGGUGAUGAUGACAGUGGUUUAGACGGAAGUGUCUCAACAGUAGGCACAGACAUCGGACAAGUUUCAGACUUGUGGACAAGAAAGGGAAAGAAUCUUGAAAACAUUUCUGAGGGAAUUCAUUCUGACUCCAGUAUUGGAUCCGAGACAGGUCAUGAUGAUUCAGCAUUUGGGGCAUUUGACUCGAAUGACAGCUCUUCGAAUGUCAGUGUCGACCCUUUGAAGCAACGUUCGUCGAAUCGUGCAGGUGUGAAAGCAAAUGAUAUCGAAAAGGAUUCUGAUUGUAAAGGGAAAGGACAAACAGAUGACUUCGCAAGUAAGAAAAGUGACAUGAUAUCGAGCGGAAAGAACAUAACAUUUAAAGUUGAUAGAGUCGACGAGGAGGAAUCAGGAAAGAAGCCGAAAAAAGACAAGGAAUUUCAUGAUGGCACUGCAUCAGCUGACGAGGAAGAAGAUGACGUCUUGGACCAGCUUGUUGAAUUUAUAGGGGCUGGAAAGCGUUUAUCGAGAAGACCUACAGAUGACAGCGGUUUUGGGGACGACGAUAAUUGGAUGGAUAGCUCAAGUGACAGUGAACACGGGGCAUCCGAUCACGUGGAGGGUUCUGCUUCGUCUCGUUCAGACAGGAAUCGGAAAACAUCCGGUGACAGACGACAUAGACAUCCCAAAGCAGACAAAGGUAGAGGAACUGAAGCGAAAUCAAGCAAACACAAAGAAGGUAAAAAUAAGGGCAGCGAUGACUUAAACGUAGGACUCAAAAAUAAGACAAUGGGGAAAGAAACUGUGGAUGAUGACAAGAAAAUCGUUGAGGAAAGUCUUCUUCAACAGAAAAAGAAUAACGUGAAUUUUGCAUCGGCGGAGGAAGAAGAACCAUUACGUCAAAUUGAUGUUUUGCCGACCGAGUCAGGCCUCGACACAAAUGGAAAUAUUUCCGAUCAUCGGCAUAAAAAGAAAGGGUUGGGACAUGGCGCAUCUGGUGAUGCUGACAUCAACAACGGUAAUAACGACAAAAGAAAUGGUCUCCUGUCGUCAGUUUCAGACAUUGACAAUAAUAACGAGCCCGAUCUGAUAUCCGCAACGGCUGUAAGUGUAGAGCAGAGCACGUAUAAAGUCAGCGGGGAUUCUGGCUUAAGGGAAGACAACUUAGAUACGAUGUCCGGAAAAAAGAAAUCAAAAUCACAAAUCAAAGUUGAUGACGACGAAGCAGGAUACAAAGAUGGCGGCAACACGUGCAAAGAUAAAGCAAGUAUUGGAGAGAAUGAACAAACACCUGGAAAGGGAGGAUGGGAUACGAAUUUAGGGCGAGGAAAAAACAAUGAAACAGAAAAAUGGGGAUCGGGCAGGAUUCCUUUUGAGGAGGAUGGGAAAGGAAGUAGAGAAAUGGGAAUAUCUGAUGCUUCAGAUGAUGAUUUUUCUUCAUUUCGAGGAAAAGGAGUAAAAGAUAAUAUGUAUUAUCCAAGCCGGCAAUCCGGAAAACACGAAAAGGAGAAAUGGAACGACAGUGAGGACGAUGAGGAGAGAUAUUCCCGGUACCACAGACGUUCCCAUACACACGAGAGUGGAUAUGAUGGCGACCUAGAAAGCUGUAGAUCAUCUGUGCUAUACAGUGACGACGGCGAAAAGAACGACGGGACAGAUUUCAGGAGGAACAGACCAGAGGAUUACAUUGAUGCCUUCAAAAGAGGGCGGAGAUAUAAAAACACUGACUUAGAAGAUGACGACGACGACGACAAAAUUAUGUUAAUGAGAGGACGCAGAAAUGAAGAAGAUAAUUCCGAGUCAGACAGAAAAGGAUUACUAUCUUCGAACUCUGGUGACAUGUUUUCCUGGAAAACACAACUAUCCCGGGAAGGUGAUUCAGGGUCUGAAAUCUUUACAACCGAUUUAACAACCGACAACGACGAAGACACCUUUGGCUACUUACGUCUGUCAAAGAAUGAUAAAUCUGACAACAGCGACACAGGAAUUGGAAACAAAAACAGGGAAUACAAAGAGGGAUAUAAUAAUCUUGACGACAUGAACGAAAAUGGUUAUCUUGGAAAAUCCCUUGACAACGGAAACAACAAACGGGAGAAGGAUUUCAGAGACAAAAGCAAUAAUGAAAGGAUAAAAUACGGCGAUCUGGAUGACGAAAAAAAAUCUGAAUAUCCAUGCAAGUCACAUGACAGGAGAGAAAACAUCGGAGAUACAGAUAUCGAUGACAAAUACAAGAAAGACAGGAAGAAAUACGGCGAUCUGGAUGACGACAAAGAUUAUGGAUAUCCACGCAAAUCACGUGACAGCGGAAAAGACAUCGGAGAUACAGAUAUCGAUGACAAAUACAAGAAAGACAGGAAGAAAUACGGCGAUCUGGAUGGCGACAAAGAUUAUGUAUAUCCAUGCAGGUCACGCGACAGCGGAAAAGAUAUCGGAGAUACAGAUAUCGAUGACAAAUACAAGAAAGACAGGAAGAAAUACGGCGAUCUGGAUGACGACAAUGAGUCUGGAUAUCCACGCCAAUCACGUGACAGCGAAAAAGACAUCGGAGAUACAGAUAACGAUCACAAAUACAAGAAAGACAAGAAGAGAUACGGCGAUCUGGAUGACGAAAAAGAUAAUGGAUAUCCACGCAAGACACGUGACAACGGAAAAGACAUCGGAGAUACAGAUAUCGAUGACAAAUACAAGAAAGACAGGAAGAAAUACGGCGAUCUGGAUGACAACAAUGAUUUUGGAUGUCCACGCAAGUCACGUGACAGCGGAAAAGACAUCGCAGAUACAGAUAUCGAUGACAAAUACAAGAAAGACAGGAAGAAAUACGGCGAUCUGGAUGACAACAACGAUUUUGGAUAUCCACGCAAGACACGUGACAACGGAAAAGACAUCGGAGAUACAGAUAUCGAUGACAAAUACAAGAAAGACAGGAAGAAAUACGGCGAUCUGGAUGACGACAAUGAGUCUGGAUAUCCUCGCAAGACACGUGACAGCGGAAAAGACAUCGGAGAUACAAAUGUCGAUGACAAAUACAAGAAAGACAGGAAGAAAUACGGCGAUUUGGAUGACGACAAAGAUUAUGGAUAUCCACGCAAAUCACGUGACAGCGGAAAAGACAUCGGAGAUACAAAUGUCGAUGACAAAUACAAGACAGACAGGAAGAAAUACGGCGAUCUGGAUGACAACAACGAUUUUGGAUAUCCACGCAAGACACGUGACAACGGAAAAGACAUCGGAGAUACAGAUAUCGAUGACAAAUACAAGAAAGACAGGAAGCAAUACGGAGAUCUGGAUGACAAUAAUGAUUCUGGAUAUCCACGCAAUAGACCUGACAACGAAAAAGACAUCGGAGAUACAGAUGUCGAUGACAAAUACAAGAAAGACAGGAAGAAAUACGGUGAUCUGGAUGACAAUAAUGAUUCUGGAUAUCCACGUAAGUCACGUGACAGCGAAAAAGACAUCGGAGAUACAGAUGUCGAUGACAAAUACAAGAAAGCCAGGAAGAAAUACGGCGAUCUGGAUGACAAUAAUGAUUCUGGAUAUCCACGCAAUAGACCUGACAACGAAAAAGACAUCGGAGAUACAGAUGUCGAUGACAAAUACAAGAAAGCCAGGAAGAAAUACGGCGAUCUGGAUGACGACUAUGAGUCUGGAUAUCCUCGCAAGACGCGCGACAGCGGAAAAGAUAUCGGAAAGGCAGAUAUCGAUGACAAAUACAAGAAAGACAGGAAGAAAUACGGCGAUCUGGAUGACAACAAAGAUAUUGGAUAUCCACGUAAGUCACGUGACAGCGCAAAAGACAUCGCAGAUACAGAUAUCGAUGACAAAUACAAGAAAGACAGGAAGAAAUACGGCGAUCUGGAUGACAACAAUGAUUUUAGAUAUCCACGCCAAUCACCUGACACCGGAAAAGACAUCGGAGAUACAGAUAUCGAUGACGAAUACAAGAAAGACAGGAAGAAAUACGGCGAUCUGGAAGACGACAAAGAUUAUGGAUAUCCACGCAAAUCACGUGACAGCGGAAAAAACAUCGGAGAAACAGAUAUCGAUGACAAAUACAAGAAAGACAGGAAGAAAUACGGCGAUCUGGAUGACAACAAAGACUCGGUAUAUCCACGCAAGACACGUGACAACGGUCAAGACAUCGGAGAGGCAGAUAUCGAUGAGAAAUACAAGAAAGACAGGAAGAAAUACGGCGAUCUAGAUGACGACUAUGAGUCUGGAUAUCCUCGCAAGACACGUGACAGCGGAAAAGACAUCGGAGAUACAGACGUCGAUGACAAAUACAAGAAAGACAGGAAGAAAUACGGCGAUCUGGAUGACGACAAAGAUUAUGGAUAUCCACGCAAGUCACGUGACAGCGGAAAAGACAUCGGAGAGGCAGAUAUCGAUGACAAAUACAAGAAAGACAGGAAGAAAUACGGCGAUCUGGAUGACGACUAUGAGUUUAGAUAUCCUCGCAAGACACGCGACAGCGGAAAAGAUAUCGGAGAUACAGAUAUCGAUGACAAAUACAAGAAAGACAGGAAGAAAUACGGCGAUCUGGCUGACAAUAAUGAUUCUGGAUAUCCACGCAAGUCACGUGACAGCGAAAAAGACAUCGGCGAUACAGAUAUCGAUGACAAAUACAAGAAAGACAGGAAGAAAUACGGCGAUCUAGAUGACGACUUUGAGUCUAGAUAUCCUCGUAAGACACGUGACAGCGGAAAAGACAUCGGAGAUACGGAUGUCGAUGACAAAUACAAGAAAGACAGUAAGAAAUACGGCGAUCUGGAUGACAAUAAUGAUUCUGGAUAUCCACGCAAUAGACCUGACAACGAAAAAGACAUCGGAGAUACAGAUGUCGAUGACAAAUACAAGAAAGACAGGCAGAAAUACGGCGAUCUGGAUGACAAUAAUGAUUCUGUAUAUACACGCAAGUCACGUGACAGCGAAAAAGACAUCGGCGAUACAGAUAUCGAUGACAAAUACAAGAAAGACAGGAAGAAAUACGGCGAUCUGGAUGACAAUAAUGAUUCUGAAUAUCCACGCAAGUCACGUGACAACGGUCAAGACAUCGGAGAUACAGAUAUCGAUGACAAAUACAAGAAAGACACGCAGAAAUACGGCGAUCUGGAUGACAAUAAUGAUUAG